AAGUAUCCCAGUACAUUGGGUAUCCCAAAGCGGGGCUCCACCGUACCUGGAACUGGUUGCAACCCCCAAAAUGAGUGCAAUCUCCGGACUGGAAGACAUAGCUGCAGACUGGAAGAGGCCAGGCGGGAUACACAUCGAAUGCGGAGGAGUAGCUGCCGUCCAGGUCCUGCAGGUCCUGGGCCCUGAAUAGUGUUCCAGCAGGCGCCAAAGGCAGCGCUCGCUCCGCGGCUGUUUUUGGUCCAAUUGGUUCUGUUUAUCCAAUUGCCACCAAAGCACCAGAAAUCAUCCAGCAACAACCAUUCGAAGCCAAAUUCGUACAAAACACACAGGUGAAAUUUUUGCAUAAACCUUCAAUUGACAACGACAGCAGCAACAAAAACAACAACAGUACCUAAAUUUAACUAGAUCAAUUCGAAAUGGCCGAAUUUAAGCCAUCGACUUCGUGGCCCCACCGCAUGACGAGCUUCCAGUGCCGGCAGGCGGAUCUCAACCGCCUGGUGAUGAACUACCUGGUCACGGAGGGCUAUCAAGAGGCCGCCAAGCGUUUCAUGACCGAGGCGUCAGUGAUGCCGGGUCCCCACAUGGACACCAUCGGGGAUCGAUUGAGGAUCCAGGAUGCCGUAAGAGUGGGCCAGGUCAAGUACGCCAUGGAUCUGGCCACUCGGAUAUAUCCGCGCCUCUUCGAGACCGACAACUAUGUGUUUUUCCACAUGCAACAGUUGCGUCUGAUCGAGAUGAUUCGGGAUCAGAAGAUGGAAAAGGCUUUGAAGUUCGCCCAGAGCAAGGCUGCGGGAUUCGCCAAGGUCGAUUCAAAGCAUUUCCACGAAGUGGAGCGGACCAUGGGACUCCUGGCCUUUGAUCGUCCGGAGUACAGUCCGUAUGGCGAGCUGAUGUACUACUCCUACCGCCAAAAGGUGGCCGGCGAAGUAAAUGCAGCCAUGUUGCGCUGCCAGGAGGCGGAGAACAAGAACAAAGAGGAGCCCAUGGAGCCGCGGAUGAUGUUCCUCAUCAAGCUGAUCCUUUGGGCCCAGGCCAAGCUGGAGCGUGAGGGAUGUACCGACUUCCAUAAGAUCGAUCUCGGUCACGGUGAUUUCGAAGAGGAGUUCCGUCGAAGCUUUCAGGGUGUAUAAGGCGAUUAACGCACAAUAAUUAAUAAUUGUCCAUCGAUCGAUCGGCGUCUACUGCGAAACUACAUAAAUGUAUUUUUUUUUAGCGAAUCUACACCAUAUAAAUGUAUUUUUUUUGGCGAACCUACAAAUAUGAAUGUAAUUUUUUUGAAUGGAUGUUGAAUAUUAAAUAUUUCCAUAUCUUGAUGUAAUUUUAAGCAAUCUUCUUGUUCCCUUUCUUUUGGUAUGUGGUUGAAAUUUUUGUCAAAGUUCGCUGAUAAGGCGAAUUCCCUCUGGUAAUCUAAAACGCAAAUUGUUGUGUCACGUGCUAACCGAGAGCUAUUUAUACUGUUUCUUUUUUGUUUGCCCCGAUAAGAGAAUGGGCACAACAAAAGUAAAGGGCUUUGGACCUGAAGUACCUUCCAAAAGAAAUAGUUGUUGAAUCUUAUCUGGGCUUUAAAUCGUUAAUAAAAAGGGAACCUUUUAAGAGAUCACAAAACACCCCAAAAUUUUUCCGUCACAAAAUCACAUACAAAUACAUACAUAUUGACUUACAAAAUAUCUACGUUUUUAAUCAUAUUCAUAUUAAAGAUGAGAUUUUUCAGUAAAGUAU